GGCGUUGUUCUAUAUUUGAUUAAUAGUAAGGGUUAUUAAUGAACGGUCGUUGUUAAUAACUACCCUCGAUGAAGUGGAUAUACUCCCCGAUUGAGUAUUCGAGAGGGAAUAAGUUAUAGAUAUAACAAUGAUCGACUAAAAUAUAUCAACAAGUGGAAAGUAGCAAUGCCAAGUCCUUUUUAUCUUUGAAUUAAAUCUCAUAUAGGUUGUUCAUCUUAGUUCUUAAUUAAAUUAAAUCACUCAAACCAAAUCCCCCCUUUUUAUUUACUAAGUAUCAUAAAAAGAGAAUUAUUUCUUUCCCUGUGGAUACGAACUCUACUACGUUAUACUACGUAUAAGUGUUUAGUAUUGAAAAUUAUUUUGACGCACCGUGACAAAGUGCUCGUCAAUCGUUGUCUUGAGCCUAAGUAUGGUAAAGUUUAUGUUAGUCGUCACGUUAGAUUUCUUGAAAAUAAUUUUCCCAAUGCCUCCCUCACUUCACCUUCACUUGAGUCGUCUUCUCCUCUACCUAAUGCUGAAUUUUUCCUAACUAAUACCCUUAGGCCAGUUUCUUCCCCACAACCAGCUAUCACCAGCCCACCACCUGUGUCCACAAUCGGCCCAUCCUCCCCUCCUACUCCCGAAGUGUCGUCACCCAGCCCCAUCACUUCUCCUCUACACAGCCAACCCUUUCAUUCCUCACCAACCAGCACUUCUACCGCAACACCAACACCCAACCUACAACUCGCCACACCCAACUCCAGUUCACGGUCAACCUAUUCUUCCUCCAGCUCCACAUCGGCCGCCAUUCACUACAGCCUGUCCAGUCCGUCACCCUCUCCUUCAUCCAGCCAGUCAAGUACGUCAUCUUCUCCUUCGUCCAGCCCUGGAACUUCCCUGUUAAUGCAAACCCGGGUUAAGUCUGAGAUUUUUAAACCUAAAUCAAUUUUUACGUUAAACACAAUUGUUACUUCAGCAGACCCUACUUGUUUUUCUGAGGCACAUAAAAGUUUAGUUUGGCGUGAAGCUAUGGCGGAGGAAUUUAAUGCACUUAUUUCCAAUAAUACAUGGGAUUUAGUUCCGUUUGAUAACUCUAAGAAUGUGGUUGGGUCUAAGUAGAUUUAUAAAACUAAAUUUCAUUCUGAUGGAUCUAUUGAGCGCCAUAAAGCGCGUUUGGUUGCUCAAGGUUUUAAUCAGCAGGCUGGGGUUGAUUUUUCUGAAACAUUUAGUCAUGUUGUUAAGCCCACCACAGUUCGCAUUGUUCUUACUCUAGCUAUUUCUUUUGGGUGGGUUAUGCGUCAGUUGGAUGUGAAAAAUGCAUUUCUCCAUGAUCAUCUUACCGAAGAGGUAUAUAUGUGUCAACCGCGGGGUUUUAUUCAUCCUCAAUUCCCUCAUCAUGUUUGUCGUUUGCGCAAAGCCAUCUAUGGCCUUAAGCAGGCCCCGCGGGCAUGGUUCCAUCGUUUUAGUAGGUUUCUUCUUACUCAUAAUUUUUUAUGUAGUAAGUCUGAUAAUUCCAUGUUCAUUUAUCGUUAGGGUCAGUCUGUUAUUUAUUUAUUGCUAUAUGUGGAUGAUAUUAUCGUUACGGGCAAUUCUCCAUCUUUUGUAUCUUCCUUUAUUAGUCGUAUUGCGUCUCAUUUUGCUAUGAAGGAUCUGAGUGACCACCAUUAUUUCUUGGGGGUCCAAGCUGUUCGAAACUCAAAAGGUGUCUUUCUGUCUCAGCAAAAAUACGUCUGAUCUCCUUCUUCGCUUUCACUUACACACUCUCAAGUCUGUUCGUACACCAGUUGCUAUGCGCACAACUCUCUCCCUCACAGAUGGUGAACUCCUAACUGAUGCUACUGAGUAUCGUAGUAUGGUGGGUGCAUUACAGUAUUUAACUUUGACAAGACCUGAUAUUACUUAUGCAGUUCAUUUAGUGUCUCAGUUCAUGCAUGCCCCCCGCACUACUCACAUGCUUGCUGUCAAGCGCAUCUUUCGUUAUUUACAGGGUACUAUUGAUCAUGGAUUAUGGCUUCAGACUUCUGCUCAUCCCAUUCGUAUUUUGGCCUAUUCUGAUGCUGAUUGGGUAGGAUGUCCGGAUAGUUUCCGUUCUACUACAGGUUUUGCUAUUUUUUUGGGACCUAAUCUUGUGUCCUGGAAGUCCAAGAAACAGCCAACUGUUUCUAAGUCGUCUACGGAGGCAGAAUAUCGAGCCAUUGCUUAUACAGUGCAGGACACUCUACAUAUUCGCUCGGUUCUCUUUGAGCUCGACUUGACAGUUCGUGAUCUCGUUCGAUUAUUCUGUGAUAAUAUUUCUGCCUCAUAUCUGACAGCAAAUCCGAUUCAACAUGCUCGCAGCAAGCACAUUCAUAUUGAUUAUCAUUUUGUUCGUGAGAGAGUUGCUCAUGGUGAUCUGGUGGUACAGUAUGUCCCUACACAUCUCCAGCUAGAGGAUAUAUUUACUAAAAGUUUAUCUAGUCAGCAUAUUCAUUUCUUAAAGGACAACCUGCGUGUUGUAUCUCCCGCACAACUUGAGGGGGUGUAAUAGUUUAUAUUAAUUAGAAUAUUUAUUUAUUUUGGCAACUGAUAUUCUAUUAUAAAUAUACCUGUCGG